CAACUCUUCGUAUUGGUGGAAGCAAGUGCGGUCCAAACAAGCCCUGGCCAAGAGGAGAAUUUAAGAGAACUGGGAAGCAACACGGGGAAACUUCUAAGAAACUGUUGGCACUUCACUAUAAAAGACAGACAAGAACACCAAUCCAGUUAACAACAAAAAACAGUUUAAUAAACAUCAUGUGGACCAUAACGGAAAAUCUUAUUUGUUUUCUCUUAACUCUCUGUUUAACUUUUGCGGCCGACGAACAGGUUAAAGAAGGAACAGUCAACAGCGAUGGUACGGCUAUAAAACGAUCAUUUGAUGCAAUAGGACAUGGCGGCGCGUUUGAAGGACUUAAUAAGAGACCCUUCGAUUCCAUAUCAAGAGUUGGGGAUGGAUUUGCUAAUUUUGCAAAGCGGCCAUUUGACUCGAUUCAACACCGAGGUUCAUUCGCUACAUUCAACAAACGACCAUUUGAUUCCAUCUCUGCUGGGAAAAUGUCCGGAUUUGCUAAAAGACCAUUUGAUUCCAUUUCUGCUGGGAAAAUGUCCGGAUUUGCAAAGCGACCUUUUGACUCAAUCUCAGACGGUCGUUUAUCAGGUUUCGCCAAACGACCCUUCGAUCGUAUAGAUGAGAACGGUUUGUUCGGAUUCAACAAAAAAUCAUUCGAUAAAAUCGGACACAGCAGUCUUUCCAUGUUUGAAAAACGGGACGCCGAUAGCAGUGAAGAACCAGUAGCCAACGAAGAAGACAAGCGCUCCUUUGAUUCUAUACACGGUGGUUCUUCUUUCGCCGGCUUCCACAAACGACCUUUCGAUUCCAUCAGUGCUGGUCGUAUGAGUGGGUUCGCAAAAAGGCCUUUCGAUUCAAUAAGCGACGGACGAUUAAGUGGAUUCGCUAAAAGGCCCUUCGAUUCCAUUAGUGCUGGUCGUAUGAGUGGAUUUGCUAAAAGGCCUUUCGAUUCCAUUAGCGACGGGAGAUUGAGUGGAUUUGCUAAACGGCCUUUCGAUUCCAUCAGUGCUGGUCGUAUGAGUGGAUUUGCUAAAAGGCCAUUCGAUUCAAUAAGCGACGGUAGAUUAAGUGGAUUUGCCAAAAGACCAUUCGAUUCCAUCAGUGCUGGUCGUAUUAGUGGAUUCGCAAAGAGGCCUUUCGACUCCAUCAGUAAUGGUCGUAUGAGCGGCUUUGCUAAGAGGCCGUUUGAUUCUAUUAGCGCGGGAAAAAUGAGUGGGUUUGCAAAGAGACCAUUUGAUUCUAUAAGUAGUGCAGGAAGCGGGUUUAGUCAUUUCAAUAAGAAAAGCUUUGAUUCAAAAGACACCAAUGAUAGUGAAGCAAAAGUUGAAGCCAGCAAAUAAAUAAUCCACACCGGGGCGUAAUAAGACCGGACAAACGUAUCUCAUUUUAAUUCCACAAACACCGCACAAACAAAUAUUUUGCAUUAAACUUUUAAGAAAAACAAUUUACUUUUAGAAAAUGUGGGUUGUGUUAUUCCAACAAAAAAUAAAAAGGUUAUAUAGAGCUUCGAUACUAGGGACGGGUGGGUUUAAAAUACAAUAACAUCAAAAACAGUUACACUCUAUUCGAAAGUGACUACAAAAUUUUACUUGCAUUUUUGUUCAUAUAAAAUAUUUUUGAUUUUAUUAUUUAUCUUGUGAAGGAAACAUAUUCCAUUGUUUUGGGGUAUUUGUUUCGUAUUGUUGUAUAAUGUGUUAUUUUCAAAGGAAAUAAAAGUUGAAACCGAA